AUGGAGUCAAACAACAUGCCAGACUUGAACGGUGUCGCUAAGAAGACUAAAGGUCGACAAAAGAUCGAAAUGAAGAAGAUGAGAAACGAGAGUAACCUUCGGGUGACAUUCUCGAAGCUUCGCACUGGGGUUUUCAAGAAAGCCAGUGAGCUUGCAACCCUUUGUGGCAUGGAUGUCGCUGUGAUUAUGUUCUCACCCAGUAAUCGAGUAUUUUCGUUUGGCAGUCCCAGUGUUGAUUCUGUUGUCCAACGCUAUAAGACACAAGGCCCACCUCCCCUCCUUACCUUGGACCUCAACAAGGUGCACUCCACUGUGGACGAAGUUGAGCUCCACGCACACCUCCACUGCUUGUCCAACCAAAUUGCUAUUGAGAAGAAGCGCACAAAGGAUUUAAAUCAUUUAGCGAAGGCUGCAGAGGAUCAGUUCUGGUGGGCUAGGCCUAUUGAAAGCAUGACCGAUUCCCAACUUGACAAGUAUAAGAAGAUGUUAGAGGAGUUUAAGAGACAACUCAAAGAAAAACGUGGGAACCUAAAUUGA